AAUCUCUCUGACAGAGAUAGUUCUAUGUCUCACAAAACUCCCAGAAUCCCCUAGUCUGGAGCCAUGGCAGUUAAAGCGGGGUCAAACUGCGUUGAUUCUGUAACUCUGAGGCGGCCAUAGAAGUAGAGAGAGUUAUAUUACAAUCGAGAACUGUCUCGUAUGUAUACAAUAAUAUGUAUAAUAUACCUAUAUACGCAUACAUAGGUGAUAUAUGUGUAAUAUGCGUGUGCGUUUCUGUCACAAACGGGUUUAUUGAGUUUUAUUAUCUCCUUAGUGAUCACCUCAGGAAACAAACAAGAAGAAGACGCUCCUAAUAAUUCCCUCCUUUUUUUAUUUUCUCCUCAGGAAACUCGCCCCGCCCCCUCCUGUUUGAAAAAAAAGCCCCUCAGAGAAGAAAACAUCCCAACGGCCGCCAAGGCUCCCGCCUCCUGAUUGGCUCUUGCUUUCCCUUUUCCCCGCCCUCUUGGGUAUUUUAUUGGCUGCCGCCCAGGCUCCCGCCUCCUCAUUGGCUCUCGCGUUCCCGUUUCCCCGCCCUCCUAUUGGCUGCCGCCGAGAGCGACCGUUGCCCUCCCUCUGUUCCCUGAUAAGCCGAGGGCGCUGCCACUCAUUCCCCCGCUCGGCCGUUCUGCGCAGGCGCCCUCCUCCCGGCGGGCCCCGCCCUCCGCCUGCCUCGGUGCCUGUCUGUCAGAGAGGAUCGGCUCGGCCUGGCCUAGUCCGGCCUCCUCCGCCCGAACCACCUCCCGCCGCUCCUCGCCCCUUCUUCCCGUCCGCCCCCGGAGACUGAGCCAAGGGCCCGCAGAGAGAGAUUGAGAGAGAGGCGUCGCCAUGGGAACCCGCGACGACGAGUACGACUAUCUCUUCAAAGUUGUGCUGAUCGGAGACUCCGGGGUGGGGAAGAGCAACCUCUUGUCCCGCUUCACAAGGAAUGAGUUCAACCUGGAGAGCAAAAGCACCAUUGGUGUGGAGUUUGCCACCCGGAGCAUCCAGGUGGAUGGGAAGACAAUAAAGGCCCAGAUCUGGGACACUGCUGGCCAGGAGCGGUACCGCGCCAUCACCUCUGCCUAUUACCGUGGGGCUGUUGGGGCACUCCUGGUUUAUGACAUUGCCAAGCACCUGACCUAUGAGAAUGUGGAGCGCUGGCUGAAGGAACUCCGGGAUCAUGCGGAUAACAACAUUGUCAUCAUGCUGGUGGGGAACAAGAGUGACUUGCGCCACCUGAGGGCUGUGCCCACAGAUGAGGCGCGUGCUUUCGCAGAAAAAAACAAUCUGUCGUUUAUUGAAACUUCAGCACUUGACUCCACAAAUGUUGAAGAAGCCUUCAAGAACAUCCUUACAGAGAUUUACCGCAUCGUGUCUCAGAAACAGAUUGCAGACCGGUCCGCCCAUGACGAGUCUCCUGGCAACAAUGUGGUGGACAUCAGCGUGCCCCCCACCACCGACGGACAGAAAUCCAACAAACUCCAGUGCUGCCAGAACCUGUGACCUUCCCCCGGGGGCCGCGGCCUGCCCUUCCUUCCUCUUUGGCCUGUGCUGCGUCGGUUGGAAACGUGUGCGCACUUCUCUCCUGUCACCUAGUGACUCUCAUUUCUCCUUUCCUUUGCCCCCCUGCUCCCCAUCCCUUCCAUCUUAGAGCAUUAUUACUGUAGGGCUAACAUUCCUUUACCUUUUGAAUCCUUUUGAAUGUGUGGUUAUUUUGGGGGUUGAAAUAUAAGCAUUGAGCCAGCAGAUAUACCCCCGCCCCUAUUUUUGGUUUAUUUCUGUUUCUUUGUUUCUGCAUAUGGUGGAAAAUCCAGCUGGACACUGCUCACCCUGAGACACACACUAACUUUGGUUUGGCUUUAUGUUUGUGUGUCUUGUUUGUGAGAAAGAGAGAGAAGGAUGUGAGUUUCUGUUUUUUAUUCUAAACCGAAGCAACGGCUGCACUUGAGGGGUAGGGACGAAAUAGCACUCUCAUUUUCAAGCAGGUUGUUCUGCAGGCACAAGACUGCACACUUUUAAAACAGAGAAAGUACCCACUUCUGGCUUGUUGGAAACACAUUGGUGGUGAUACUUAGUUCUUGUAGUCGCAUGCAUGAAAUCUGUGGAGAACUGGGUUCUUCCCCCUCCCUGUAACUUAUUCUCGGUCCCUCUCCUUUGGCUUCUUUCCUGUCUACAAUGCCCAGAUGCUCUGGCUGCAUAGUUUCCACUGCUUUCUGUCCCUGGAGAGCUUUACUCUAAUUCCUCCCUCCCAUCAUUUUGGGAACAAUGAAGUCUGUCUGUCUGUUUUGUGGCCUCCUCAGUGCCACCUCCUCUUCCGACAGACCACAUGAAGUGGCUUUUUGUGAUUUCCUUCUGCCUUUCUGUUAAUCGGCCUAAUGAAGUGCCCAAAGGCAUUUUGUGAUCUGUACAAAUCAUAUAUUUCAGAUUUGCACCAUAGAGUACUCCUCCCUCCUUGGGCAUCUUCCAGAUUUGGUCUCUGCAUGUUGCUUUGUUCCUCUCCCCAUCUUUCUCUCUUCUCUCCCCUGCCAUUGCCCACCACAAACAACCACCACCACACCCUGGAGUGAGUGUGAAGCAAUAUUUUUCAUGCUAUGUACAUAACUUGCACAGGUAAGGUUAUUUGAAUGAAUAAUUGUAGAAAACCAGAUACUUGACGAUGAUAUAACUCCUCCCUUUUGUAACACUUCAGUGUAACCAUAGCUGCUUGGAUUUUUGUUUUGUUUUGUUACCGCUUUGCACUUCUCUUGCUUUUAAUUCUGACCUCUUGGAAACGCAGGCUCCUAUAUUACCUCCGCACCCCCAAGCCUGCCCCUCCUGUGGUGUUUUCCUUGUCCCUCUCUCUUAGCUUUGUACAUCUGUUGGUUUUCUUUGAAUGAUUGUACUACUUAGGAUGAUGUACCAGAAAUCUGACAUCAUCAGGCCUCAGAACACCACCAAAACUUAAAAGUUGACUGGAAGCUGUUUGUUGCUCUUCGUGUGUGUCUCUGUAUCCCUAAAGCCAUCCUCUUGCAGAAGAAGGUCUCAGCAACAGUUAUUUUCCUCACCUUCUGCAGAUUUUUGGACUCUUGGGUCUUGAAGCCAGGAUGAAUGCUGAACUGUGGGUUGGAGAUGCCCCUGUGGGCAUGAGAGGUGGCUGGGAGGGAUCUUUCUGAUGUCCAGCCACUAGCUCUCUGCGGUUUAUUUGUUUCUUGGAAACUCAGUCUUACUUUGAUAGAUGAGUGUGUGUCUGUAGUGGCCUCUGUGACCGCAGAGUCGAGGCUGCAGCCGCCAAACAUGGACUGUGUUCCUGGUUGCAUUAAAGUACUUUAAAAGCUAAUCUACCCCUGUAUUCCUCUAAACUCUUUGUUGAGAUUCUCAUGUGGGAAACGGUUUUUCAGCCAGUUGAGGUACUAAAAAACAUCCAGCUCACUUCCAUCUGUCCACCAAGGAGUUGUUUUUUUAAAACCCAAGAAGCCUUCUUAGGAGCUUCCCUUGGUGAUAGUUUGAGGCUAGGUGAGCUCCAAAACUUCCCAGGAUUCAGGGUGUGGCUGCUGGGUCAUAAUGUCGGGGGAUGGACAGACAAGCUUUUCCAGGGCAUGGCCUUCGCUGCUGCUUCUUCUGGUGGGGGGAAGGCAGGAUGGAAGUCGGGACAGAACCAUGAUUAAAUGUGGUGGUGAGCGAAGGACAUGUUUGUUUUCCUUACAGGAGAGACAUCUCAGAGGUGGGGAGGCUGUAACUUCUCAAUUUGUCAGACCUUCCUGGUUAUCUCUGGCACCCAGUACUGUCUCUUGGGGACAUCUCUCUCUCUCUCUCUCUCUCUCUCUCUCUCUCUCUCUCUCUCUGGCAUUUCGAGCUGGCAAACAACUCAGCAGUGUUUGCUGUUGCCUCAGCACUUUCUGUGUGCUGUAUCCUCAGGCUAAGAGAGAUUUCUCUCUCCCCUGAAUCUUUGCUGGCCUCAUCUUGCCUUUAGCACAAACACAGUCAUUCUUGCAUAAUUAGAAAGCUGCAGCAUACCUGGUGGAGGAAACUCACAUUCGUUUUUGAUACACAUGUGCCCACUUGUCGCUUUGAGGUGACCUGGAUUGGGAUCCUAACCUCUUUCUCUCCAGGAGUUGAUUUCCUGCUUUCUGGAGAGUUCAAGAGCCUGUUGAAGGGAGAAAAGGAAUUCUGUGUGAAAGAAAGGCUUUUCAUGUUAACUUGGGACACUGGAAAUCACAUUUUGUUGAACUCUGAAGAGUCAUCCUGACUUCUCUUUAGAUCAGUGGCUGGAUUGCUUUUUGUGGUGACGAGAAGAUCGUAGUUGACACACCUCAGUCAGUCUGACUGUUGUUCUGCCCACUGGGCUUAGGGGAGCAUUACACUGCAGAAGAAGCUUUUCAGCCUUGGAAGAAACCUUGGGCAACCUCUUAGUGCCCUAAAAUGUUGUUGGGUGUUGUAGGGAAGGAAAAGGGAAGAAGAUGGGAGGUGAUGGAAGAAAUGCUACCUUAACUCCUGAGCAUCCGUUGGAAGUUGGGACAAUUGCUUAACACAUUGCAAGUUCCUUUUUGAAACAGCAGUUCCAUAGCUGUCGUUUUUGUCCUGCUUCAUAACGUGAGUCUGAAGCCUUGUGCAGAAAGAAGUGGAAGGCCUUUUCUCCUGGAUAGAUUUGCAUGGAAAGAGCUUUUAGGCCUAGGAAUGUGGAGGACAAAACCUCUGUUAUCCUCCCCUCUCUCCCCCCACAACAACACUGAUGAAAGAGGUCAGGCCUGCUUUGUCGACUCCAUAUUUCGUUGCUACUCCGGUGUGUUGCAGCUUCUUUGUGAGAGCACAGGGUUGCUAGAACGAUUCUUGGUGUUUGGUAAGAAGGGCCCUUGAGGUCUGUUGCUAUCCCACACUCCACCCUGUUAUCAGUAGAGAACAAAAGGGCUCCCCAGGUGCUUUGAGAGACCCCACAGCUGCUUUGAGGGGGGCAGUGCAGUGUCCCUUUCAGCCCUGGGCUCCACUGGAUGUUUGCUGCUCAGAAUCCACACCCAGUUGCUGGCAGCAGGAUACCAGGAAGGGCAGAUGGCUCUUUCCAUGCUUGUUGGUGAGGAUGCUGGCUCCAUAAACCUUUUGCAGGUCACUGGAUGGCUUUAGGCCACACCGUUUUGCUUCUUAGGGAAAGGGGAAGGGGGACGUUUCCCUCCUCACUGCUUAUUGUUUCCUGCUGACGCUUCUGUUAAGUGCAAUUCCCCUUGUAAAUACUCACUCUGAUUUUGUGCAUGGUUAUUAUGUAUUGUGGAUAUAUAAAUAUAUACAUAUAUAUAUAUAUAUAAAGAUUGCCAAACCGAAA